AUGUUUGCCUUCCGUGCCUCCCUUCUCGUGGCUGUGGCCAGCUGCGCCUUUGCUGGCUACGCCAGUCCCUUGUACGGCUACAGGGCCUACCACGCCGCCCCAGUGUACAGCAGGAUCGUCGCCCCAGCCGUCACCGCCGUCCACCACGGAGCCGCCGUGUCCCACGUGUCGAGCGUGAGCAGCUACCGCAGCCAGCACCCUGUGGCCACCCCGGUCGCCCGCUACGCCUCCGUCCACACGGCCCCGGCUGUGGCCACUGUCCACACCGUGCCGGCCAUCGCCAAGGUUGCCUCCUACGCUGCCCCGGCGUUCUCAGCUGUCCACGCGGUCCCAACUUACGGCUACGGCCUCGGAUACGGCUACGGUCUGGGCACCUACGGACUUCGCUACGGUCACGGCCUGAGCACCUAUGGCUACGGACUCGGCUACCAUCUGUAAACACAAUAUUUUAUUUAUAAAACUG